UAAAAGUACAGCAGCAAAAUAAAGCAAGAGAAACUGCCCGGAUAUUUUCGUCAUUUUCACUUUCUACAAACAAGGAAAUCCGCCUCCACUUUCCUCCAAUCCCCGCUCCGUUUUCUUCCCUUCCGCUACGAAACUAAAUUCAUACUCAACUUGAAUCGAUCGAUCGAUCGAUCCUUCAAUCGAAUGAAGAAGUUAUUGACUUGUGCAAGGAGGAGGAAGAGCGGCGACAGUGGCGGCGGCGAAGAGACGGAAUCGAGACUCACGGAGCCGGAGAUGGACGCGGCCUUGCAGCUGAUUCAGCUCAGCGGCGAUUCCGACAGCGUACGGUACUGCAACAACGCCGGAGAUGAGGAGAGCGUCACCGCUGACGCCGCCUCCGAUAAUAACGAUCUCGAUGAAGCUGCCUUGGAGGCUUUCCCGCGGCCGAGGAAACGGAAGUUCCGAUCCGUCGUCGAUCUCUAUCAGGUCACGAAGCCCGUCCGCAAUAAAUCCAAUAAGAAGCCUGCAACUGGUAAGAAUUUCAGGAACUAAUUCGUGUUAUUGCUAUUCGUGUUAUCUGCUCUUCGUCCGGAAAAGAUAACCUACUGGCUUUUGCAGCAGCUAGAUGUAAUUAUUAAGAAAUUACUGUAUGUAUUAUUACAACAAUAAGAAUAAUACCAGUAGUUAUUAGUACGUAGCUUCCGUUUAAUUAAAGUUUUUUUUUAAAUUCCGUUUAAUUAAAGUUAACAUGUGAUUAUCCAUAUUUUGUACUCCGUCUGAAUUCUGAAACUAUGAAGAUGAUGUACUCCUCUAUUCUCGCUAUAUUUUACUCUCUUUUUGGCACA